AUGGCCGGACAAGGGGGUCCUAUGCAACUCGACCUGAGCAACGCCCAGUUCACCCAGGACGAGUCUGGCAGACCCUUCAUCAUCGUGCGCGAUCAAGGCAGCAAGAAGAGGACUCAUGGAACGGAGGCAGUAAAGCAACACAUUCUCGCAGCCAAGGCCAUCUCAACCAUCGUCAAGACUUCGCUGGGUCCCAGAGGUUUGGACAAGAUUCUGAUUUCCCCCGACGGAGACAUCACUGUCACCAACGAUGGAGCCACGAUUCUGUCCCAGAUGGAGAUCAAGGACCACAUUGCGAAACUUCUCGUCUCGCUUUCACAAUCACAAGAUGCGGAAAUUGGCGAUGGAACGACAGGAGUUGUGGUUUUGGCGGGAGCACUCUUAGAACAGGCAUCAGAACUCAUCGACAAGGGCAUCCAUCCCAUCAGGAUAGCAGACGGCUACGAUGCGGCUUGCGAGGUGGCAGUGGCUGAGCUGGACCAGAUAUCAGAUGUCAUUCCAUUCUCCAAAGAGAACACAGGCAACCUGCUCAAGGUGGCUAAGACAUCGCUGGGCAGCAAGAUCGUCUCCAAAGCCCACGACCAGUUCGCACAGAUGGCUGUAGAUGCUGUGCUGACGGUUGCGGAUCUGGAGAGAAAAGACGUUGACUUCGAACUCAUCAAAGUGGACGGCAAAGUAGGAGGUGCACUGGAAGACUCGCUGCUUGUUCAGGGCGUCAUCGUGGACAAGGACUUUUCACAUCCUCAGAUGCCUUCGGAAGUACGAGACGCUAGGCUGGCUAUCUUGACUUGUCCAUUCGAGCCUCCCAAGCCCAAGACCAAGCACAAGCUGGACAUAACGAGCGUGGCCGAGUUCAAGGAGCUGCAAAAGUACGAGCAGGCCAAGUUCACUGAAAUGAUCCAACAGAUCAAGGACACGGGCGCCAACGUAGUGAUCUGCCAGUGGGGCUUCGACGACGAGGCCAACCAUCUGCUCCUCACAAACGAACUCCCAGCCGUGCGAUGGGUUGGUGGUCCGGAGAUCGAACUCAUUGCUAUUGCUACGAACGGCCGCAUCGUCCCACGUUUCGAGGAUCUCAAUGCGAAGAAGCUCGGCAAGGCUGGUCUGGUUCGCGAGAUGUCAUUUGGUACCACACGCGAGAAGAUGCUUGUCAUCGAAGAAUGCGCAAACUCGAGAGCGGUCACCUGUUUCAUCCGCGGCAGCAACAAGAUGAUCAUUGACGAGGCUAAGCGAUCGCUGCAUGACGCUCUUUGCGUUGUGCGUAACUUAGUCAAAGAUGAUCGCAUAGUCUAUGGAGGUGGUGCGGCCGAGAUUGCCUGCUCGCUGGCUGUCGAGAGGGAAGCACUGAAGACGCCGGGCCUUGAGCAGUACAGCAUGCGGGCUUUUGCCGAUGCACUUGAUGCUGUACCCAUGGCACUCGCAGAAAACAGCGGCUUGAGUCCGAUCGAGACGCUCUCGGAUAUCAAGGCGCGGCAAAGCAAGGGUGAGGGUAAGGGCAGGCUAGGCGUGGACUGCAUGCAGACUGGGUCGAAUGACAUGAAGGAGCACUUCGUCAUCGACCCUCUGAUCUCCAAGCGCCAACAGCUUCUCCUUGCAACUCAGCUCUGUCGGAUGGUGUUGAAGGUCAACAACGUGAUCGUUGCCGGGUCUGACGAGAACGACUUCUAA